UCAAGAUGUCAGCCCCCAUGUAACAAAAUAAACACUAAGCAGCAAAUUUUAUUUCAAUGUUUUGGAGACAAUGGUGUGGUUUUUAGCAUUAAACUGCAAAGCUUCUUUAAACAUUUAUGCUAAAUUUUUGAAUUUGUGUUCAUAAAACUGUUGACAACUUCAAUUAACCAUAUACUUUUUCAUUCGGACUGCCGUGUUAUUUGACACGUAAAACUAAAAAGGUGAAAGCUCAAAAAGUGGAACUUGUUACUCUAUUUACACAUUUAUAGUUCUUAAGACGGCAGAAGAGAAAGCUGAUUAGAACUUUAUGCUACAAAGAAAUAUUUUCAACAACAGCUUUCUGUGAUAAUGAUGAGACCCUUGCAGAAGAUACAGUACUGCAUUAGACAGUUCUCUACUUUGAGAUCUGUACACAAAUCUCCAACAUGGAAAACAUAUGCUGCUGUGGGUGCAGUUUCUGGAUCUCUGUUAAUUUAUUACCAGCAAAGACUAAAGGUCAAUGCUGCAAGUUCCAACAGUUCAAGAAUCAAGUCAGCAUGGAUGUCGGAUCCCAUUACAAGUAUAGAAUUAUUGGAAGAGAAUCCUGACGGGAUGAGAUACAAAAUGGAAAAAAUGAUCAUGAGAGUUCAGGGGGAACUUUGUAGAUUGCUUGAAAAAGAAGAUAAUGAUAAAAAGUUUCUGGUAGAAAGAUGGGCAAGAAAAGAGGGAGGUGGAGGAAUCACAUGUAUUAUGCAAGAUGGUACUGUAUUUGAGAAGGCAGGUGUAAACAUUUCUGUUGUCCAUGGCAACCUGCCUCCAGCUGCUGUGGCACAGAUGAGAUCAAGAGGUAAAAAACUUACGGGAAAAGAUCUGCCAUUUUUUGCUACAGGAAUUAGCUGUGUGGUCCAUCCGAAAAAUCCACAUGUUCCAACAAUUCAUUUCAACUAUCGUUACUUUGAGGUGACAGAUGAGGAUGGAAGUGUACAAUGGUGGUUUGGAGGAGGCACUGAUCUAACACCUUAUUAUCUAGACAAAGAGGAUGUAUCUCAUUUCCACAAGACAUUGAAAACAGCAUGUGACAAACACAACAAAAGUUACUAUCCAAAGUUCAAGAAAUGGUGUGAUGACUAUUUCUUUGUCAAACACAGAGGUGAGAGUAGAGGAGUUGGUGGUAUCUUUUAUGACGACUUAGAUAAUGAUGAUCAAGACAAGAUUUUCAAAUUUGCCACUGAAUGUGCUGAUGCUGUGAUACCAUCCUAUAUACCAAUUGUACAGAAAAAUAAAAACAAGGGUUACUCGUAUGCUGAAAGGAUGUGGCAGCUGUUGAGACGUGGUAGAUAUGUAGAAUUUAACCUUGUUUAUGACAGAGGUACAAAGUUUGGACUAAUGACGCCAGGUGCUAGAAUUGAGAGUAUUCUGAUGUCCCUACCUCUAACAGCAAGAUGGGAGUAUUGCCAUGAACCAGAAUCAGGAUCAAGAGAGGAAGAAUUACUUAAAGUUCUCAAAGAACCAAGAGAAUGGGUUUGAUGACAAUUUUAGAAGUUUUGUACAAGGAUGUUCUAGAGACUAGCGGAAGAUAUAUCUCAAAAGAUACUAUAGUAAUAUUAGACAGUAAUUAAAACUUAAAAAAAAUAAAGAUAUUUUAAAAGAUCUUAAAGAAAUGUUGGAUAUGAAAAACUUCUAAAAAUGUACUUGAGGUAAUAAAAGAAACGUUAAAGUUUUUUUUUUGUGCUAGUUAUAAGAUUGUCAAGAAACCAAAUAAAUAUUUUUUUAUGGUUUGUAUUUUUAGAAUGCAUAUUACUCGUAUUUAUAAAUCUUGUCUUUAUAGGAUUCUCUUUCUCCUAUCAAAAAUAAUCUUUUAAAAAUGACUGAUGGUAUAUAAUAUGAAUAUUAUAGUGACCCAAAAUAAAUCUUUUUUCAAAUUCAAAUGAGAGUGGUCAGUCAAAAUGAGUGGUCAGUCAAAACAGAGAUAUCUAGUGACAGGUUCUGCUAUAUAUGAUACAUGUUAAUAAAGAAUUAAGCAGAAAAUGUCAUUUUUCAGAUGAUGAUGAUUAUGGAAGUUUUUAACGACGUUGACUGGCUAUACAGCCCUCUGACAGUCAGCAAUUUCUCAGAAGCUCUUUUUCAGUUGUUUAUAGUGGUGCAAUAAUAUAUUUGAAAUAGUAUUUAACAGUUCAUUCAAAUGCAUUUAAAAUUGUUGCUGUUGCUUUAUAUAGAAAAUUACAUUCCUUAUUAAUUUCUGUUAUAUGUACAGAUAUUUAAGAAACUAAAUGUGAGGUGGAUAGAUAAAAAUUUACCCAUUUGCAUAUCAUUUGAAUUAAACUUAUGAGGUAGAUGCAGAAAUUAAUCACUUUAAGAAAAUAUUUACUUACCACGUUCUUAGUCAUCAGUAUAUAUGCAUAUUUGUUGGUACAUGUAUAUAAACUUGUUCAAGAUUAAAAUCAUAAUUUUCUUUAUUGAUUUAUUCAUCAUGGUAAUCUAAUUUUCUAUGGGUAAGAUUGUUAAUUAUCUUCAUACUACAUGUUUUAAAUUACAAAUGUUUUUAAAAUAGCUACUAAUAUGCUUAGAUUCUGUACAUGGUUUAUGAAUAAUGUUUUUUUUUAUGAAAGAAUGGUAAAUUAAUACAGAACAUAUCAAUAUGUGCCUUCUUUGCAUUUUUUUUUUUUAAUAAAAUUAUUUUUAUUUAGCUUAUGAAUUAUUGUAUUAUCUUAAUAUAACUCUAAUUAUUAAUGAGUAGAUAGAUAGUUACUAUUUCACCAAAGAAUCAAAAGAAGUACCGGUAGUUUAGCUUGGUCAAAAAUGCUGUAUACUAACUGUUUGUGAGAUAAUUGGUAUAGAAAAGCAAAAAUAAUACCAAAUAUUGUUUUUCAUUUGUAGAAAAGAUUGAUAUGUCUCAAAGAUUUAUACCAAAAAAAAUAUUUUACUUGAAAAGAGAACAUAUUUAAGGCCUGUUUAUUUUCUUUACUCCCUGACAUUUUUCACAAAAUAUGUUUGUCUUUUACUUUGGUUUUAAUUCAAGGUAUCACAGUGGAUCAAAGAAAUAUAUAAUAGCUUCUAUGUAUGGCUUUACAACUUUCCUAAUGUCUAAUAAUUGAAGUUACACUGCAGACUGAAUAAAUGGUAUAUUUUUUUCUGGAAACAGAAUUUUAUUUUAAUUUGAUUUUAUAGUGUAUAUGAGAUGGUAAGCAUCUGAAACAUUUUAAAAGAAUUAGCAUGAAUUAUGGAAGUUAUGUUAUUGUCUCUCAUUUUGUCAUUCAAUCAGUAUUUUUCAAAUUACAAUAUGGUGUUUGAAGAAAUGUCUCAUUGUAUAAAGCUUUAUUCAUUAAUGACAUGUAAAUUGAUGUACUUCCAAUUUUAUUUGUUAAUUUAUGAUAAUUUUACCAUAAGUAUAGUUGUGAUAUGUUAUAAAGGCUCAUAAGAAUACAUAUUUAUGUGGAUAUAUUUAUCAUAUAA